CUGGCCCUGAGGUUUGAAUAGGGAAGUUUUGCAGAGGUUUACAUUUGCAGCCACUUCAGUGUUUGCAAAUAUUGUCAGCACCCAGCAAGUCCUCUGCUCCAGGAGGAGGAGGAGGAAGGACUCAGCCUUCUCUAUUAUUUUUAUUAUUAUUUUUAUUAUUAUUAUUUUUUGCUAUGCAAUGAUACUUGCAUGAAAACUGGCUUGCCUAUUCCAUUUUACUGGGAAUUACUAUUAUUAUUUUUUAAAAACAUUUUUUUUUGCAUAUUUUCAUGCAUAUCCAACACCUUUUGGGAUUAUUAUAUUUUUUAUCCUUAUUAUUGCCUAUGCCUAGAUCUAUGGUAGCCUUUCUAUUUUUCUAGCAUCCAAAAAAAAAAAAACCCUGACUCUCUCCCUUUCUCCAUCUCUACCCUCUCUAUAAAUAUAUAUCUAUAAAUAUUUAAUAUCCUUAAUAGAUCAUGGAUGUUUUACCAAUGUGCAGCAUCUUCCAGGAGCUACAGAUUGUGCACGACACUGGCUAUUUCUCAGCAUUGCCCUCCCUGGAAGAAUAUUGGCAACAGGUAAAUGGAGUUGAUUUCAUGGAUUGCCUGCUGGGGAGGAGGAGAUGCAAAUAAAAGCCAAUGUUUGCAUGCAUAGCAACUGCUAGCUUUUAUUUAUUCUUGCUGUUUUAUUAUAUUUAUUUUUCAGAUUUUAUUAAUAUUGUAAAUAAAUAUUUUCUAAUGUCACUUUGUGUUUAUUGAUAUGUUAGAAUUCUGGAGACAAACUAUGUAUCUAUUUUUUUUUUGCCUGCCUGCUACAGCAAUUCUAUCUUGUCUGUAAUUAUAUUGCUGAACGUAAAAACAAAACCUGUAGAUCUGCAUUGUAAAUCUCUAUAUAUUCCUUGUCAACUAAAUCUCAUUUAUUCAGAUCAAUUUUUUAAUGUUAAGAUCGGUUGCAGAUCUCUGUAAAUUGACUAGUAUGAGACUGUCAUGCUUCUGCAUGUAUUUUAUUUAUUACAAUGGUGAUUGCAUAUGCAUUUUGCACUGCAGAGAUUGAUGGUCUUGUUUACAAGAGCUUGCAAUCUAGUGAGGGUGUCAGACACGAAGGUAUUGCGUCUGCUUUGGAGCAAGGUGGCCUUGAUUUGUAAUGCCAAAAUCAUUGGGAUGUAGAGAUAGCUAUACACAUGUGGGUUUCACCCCCAGUGCUUUCGCAAUGACAGCUAAAUGUAGCUUCAAUCAAGCACAGCUUCGGUUUCACUAGUAACUACAGCCAUUUGGCAAAACUUUGAGCCUGCAAUAGGUCCAAAUUACACAGCUGGGUCUUGUCAUGUAAGACACAGCAAUGCCAAGAGUUUUAUUCCUGUCAUUUUCUGUUUGUAGAAGCAAUAUUUUUAUUUUUUAUUAUUUUUAAGAUUCUGCUUCACAUGUAUCUAUUGGUUUAAAAAAAAAAAAAAAAAAAAAUGUUUGUCAGAGGAUGUGUGUGACAGCUUCUAAUCAGUAGAACAAUGGCUGAUUCACCAGGCAAAACAUUGUAUUGGGAGUCUAUUGUUUCUGUUGCCCAGGGAAAUAAAAGAACUUUUUUUUUUUUUUUUCAAGUUGAUCUUGUCAAAAGGGACAGACUGGAAAUGGCAUUGUGUUUUUGUGCUGCGUUUGUUUGUUUUGUUUUAUUAUCCCCAACAGUGGUGAUUGCAUUUGUCCUUGUCUCCAUUUAAUGAUGUUUACUUUUUUUAACAAUGCAAACUAAGAGAUCAGAUGUCUGUCUGAGAAGGGGGAGUCUUGCCACUAAAGUGUUACAAUCAUAGCAUUCCUAAUUAAUUGUAUGCACCUCCACUCCAUCCUUCAAAGAUGCAGAUCUUCAGUGUAUGAUUGAAAUUGAUCUAAGUAGCUUCCUUCAGGCAUUUUAAAUCUUGGAAUGGAGCCAGGUUCUGUUCCCAGAAUCCUUUAGAGACAUUUCAAAUAUCACAGAGCUCAGUUCAUCGACACAAUCAUGGGAAUGGGGGAUUCUAAUAGUGUUUAAAUUAUUAAACUUGAGCAGCCUUGCUAUCCUCCUCUCUUCCCAACUACUCUUCUCCGGAAUCAAUAAAAUGCAUUUUAUCCUUUUAAAUAUUUUAUUUGAAAAGCAAUGCCGUGUUCUAAUCAUAGCUGAAGAAAAAUCAAUUUAUAUAUAUUUUUUUUUUGUUUGUUUCCUCCCACUUUGGCCCCUAAUUUGACUUAUGUGCAAGGCAAAAGUCCACAAGGUAAAAUGCAAGACUGUGCAUUAAAAUGUUAACUGUUCACUACCUCCCCAGGCAAGCAGCUGGUGAAGUAUGUGUGGUAUUUUGAUUGCCCAUGUCUGCAAGCCAUAGGACAUCUUUCAGAGUCUAUGUCUCUGCAAAACCAGUCUGACACAGAAGAGCUCUGAAUGCCUUCAGGCCAUAGACAAAAAUAAAUAAAUAUUUUUUUCAUUUUUGUAAUUGGUGUUCUCAUAGUAGUCUUUCACUUUGGGUACAUGUGUACGAUAAAUUGUUGUACAAAAAUAUCUGCUUUUGAAAAAUGUAUUCCAGUGCAUAGUCUAAUGGCUUAUUCUCAUGGCUUGUGGUCAGUAUUUGAAAAGGAAGUCUCUGUUGGCGUAGAAUGAAAAGAAUGUGAAUGACUCAUCCAGUUGUACUGUUGGCGAGGAGAUAAUAUUCUUGUCCAUUGUAUGGUUUCCAGAACCAUCUAAAAGAGGAUUUGCUACCAUUUAUAUUUAUCUAAUUUAAAAUUCCGAAAAUACCCACUUCUGCAAUGUAGUGUUUAUUUUGUGUUUUGUUCUCCUUGCAAACUGAUAUUUUACCCGUUCACUUCUUUGAAUUGGUUUUUCAACGGAAAUGAGUUACUCUACAUGUAUCCUGUGCAGAAUCUCUCUUCUUUACAACUGAGGCUUAGUCAUAAUUUUUGUCUCAAUCAUAACAAGUCAUUCAUUUUUAUCAAUUUCAAACAACAUGCAUGUUGGCUUGGUUGCAUAUUCACAAGUCUUUAAAAAAAUAAAUAAUAAAAAAGAAAUCCUGAUUUUCUAAUAAAAUUGAUGGUAUUUAUUUAUUUUGUAUUCUUAGAAAACAAGAUUUUCAUUCAUUGUGUUUAUUUGCCUCUUUUCUAGACAUGCCUUGAAUUGGAGCGAUAUUUGCAAAAUGAGCCUUGUUAUGUGUCUGCGACUGAAUUUAAAUUUGACAGAGAGGAGGAACUCUGGACCAAAUUUAUCCUAGCAUGUGAGAAGAAAGAGGAGCCUGACCACAAGAUUACAUGCAUUAAGACUGAGGACAUAAGUGACAGCCAGAUUUUAGAGACCAAUAGCUUAAACUCUGAUGUUGGAAGUGAGUCUUCUGAUGGUUCAGAAGAACUUUCACCAACCUCAAAAUUUACCUCGGAUCCAAUAAGUGAUGUUUUGGCCACUUCUGGAACCUUUAGUUCAUCUGUCACUUCAACUCCCCCGUCAUCGCCAGAACAGAGCAAGGAGUCUCCUUCCCACUUGUGGAAUGGUAUAACUGGCGAAUUGCAUUCACCAGGGAAAAUUAAAUCUGGUUCCAUUAUAAAGACUGAACAAGGUAGCCCAAUUAGUGGAGAAACCUCACCAGAUGGACGGAAACGUAUCCACAAGUGUACUUUCAAUGGCUGCAAGAAGGUUUACACCAAGAGUUCACACCUGAAAGCACACCAACGCACUCACACAGGUCAGUUCUUGGUCUUCAUUGAGAACUUGACAGUAGGGAAUCCCUUGUUGUCAUGCCAUAAUGCAACCACUGGAUGGAAAUCCAAAGCUCGUAGAUGGUGAUGUAACUCAUCCUGUGGAGAGCCUACUUCCUCAUUCUUUUCUGUAGUGAAUUUGGGAUCUUAACUAGAGUAUGUUCAUAAAUGGAGUGAAUGAAAACAUACUCCUUUUAGAGAGUCCAAUGGGAAGCUAGUAUUUUUUUCAGUUCAUAUCAAUUUUUAUUCAAGUUUACUGCAAAGUUUGGUUUGAUGGUUUCCCAUGAAGUAUGUUUUUCUUGCCAGGAUUUUUUAUUUAUUUUUUUUUUUAAAUACACUGUGUGUUCUAGUUUAAAAGUGCCCGGUUUCAUAACACACAAUAUUUAUCAUUAUGUAAAAAUAUUUUUGAAGCUGUAGCACACAGUUCAGAAAGAUGCUUUUAAGGCUGUAGACAAGCACCCUUCUGCUUAUUUAAUGUUUCUUGGUUGCAAGUAUCAUGUGCAUUAGAUACUGGUAGAGAAAUUAUUUAGUGUUAUUUACUAAAAUAUGAAUUCAAAGUAAAUUAUGAAUUUAAGGCCAUAGUAGCCAAGCUGAAAGCAUAGCUGACUGAGAGGUGUGUCUUCUUGUUAGUCUAUUUUAACCUUUUAAAAUUUAAAUUCACUUUGAAUUUCCACUUUAGAAAAUAGCAUUGUCAGUCUCCACACAAUAAAUGGAUAGAAAUAGGCAUACAGCUAGGAGGAAGAACAUAAAAAAACAAACAGCACAUAUUGAUGUACAGUAUAUAUGAAUAACAAAGCGCUGUUAGAAAUCGGGUAAAUGCAAUAAAAUCCACACAGGGAUUACACUGGUCUGCUUUCCACCACAGGGGAUAGUAAAUAGUCCGCAGGCACAGGUACUUCAGGAUACAAUGUCAGGAUACACGCAUUUGACGAAACGCGUUAGAUGUUUUAAAAUAUAUAUAUAUAUAUAUUUUUUUUAUAUGCAAUUUGUGCCUAAAUAUACAUUUUUGCAUUUGAAUCCUGACUUUGUAUCUUGAAAUACCUGUGCCUGCUGACUAUUUACUAUCCCCUAUGGUGGAAAGCGGACCAGUGUAAUCCCUGGGUGGAUUUCAUGGCGUUUACCUGUUUUCUAUCUUGUGAGCGCAAUCUAACAUCGCUGUGUGUUACUCAUAUAUACUGUACAUCACUAUGUACUGUUUGUUUAAGUUCUACCACUAAGCUGUAUCCCUAUUUCUAUUUUUAUCCAUCUGAUACUACAGUGGCACAGUGGGAACGGCCUCUAGGGAAGCUAUCUACAUUGUACUAAAUACAUUAUAUCUAUUUAUCUGUUAUUUUAUUGAGAAGUAGAAUUUUGGUUUUGGCACUCAAGGUUCAUUCAUCUAAAAUUGAAUUUGUGUUGGACAACUUCUCAUUAAGAAGAGAUAUGUAAUGGACCACUGAAGAGAACCUAGUUACGUAAUCACAUCUGAUUGUGGUCUAAAAGGGAGAAUAUAUUGAACUUCACAACUGAAUAGCCGCUUAUAUUGGCAAAAUGACAGCCAUGGGGAAGAUUGAGUCCCACUGUUUUUCCCUAUUUUUUUUUACAGGGUGAUGGUGAAUUCGUUAUUUACAGCACAAACCCCUAGUAUCUUGGAGCUAUUGUGGAUAGGAAUGUAUUGAUCAGCUGUCUACUGUUAUGAAACCUUGCUACCCCACUUCCAUUCUGCAUUGUGUAGAUUUUCUGUCAAAGUCUAUGACUUCAGACAUGGCCUUUUUUUUGACCUUUCAUAGCCAUCUACCUACGAAAUGUCAGCCGUUAUGUAGCUGAGAGAAUUUGUCUUCCAUAAACAACUGGAUGAUUCUUUUCCAUAAACAAAAUCCCUCCUUUAAGAAUUUUUCCACUGUGCCUUGAAACAUAAAAUCUAUUUAUUUUGGAGCCUUACUUACCCUAUUUGUCCCUUGCAGGAGAAAAGCCUUACAGAUGUUCCUGGGAGGGCUGUGAGUGGCGCUUUGCAAGAAGUGAUGAACUCACCAGACACUUCCGAAAACACACUGGUGCCAAACCAUUUAAGUGCCCGCAUUGUGACAGGUAUGUCAAUUUAUUCCUUUUUAGAUACUAUUUCCCUUAUUGUCUGGUAUUUCAGGUUUUAUUCUUUGCACCUGUUGCUUAGAUAGGAAAAUACAUAGGGUGUAAUUGCCUAUUGAAAAGUCCAGUUAAUUGAAAGUGUGUGUGUUUGGGCUCUUAAAAUCUAUAAUUUCACUAAUGCCACCUAAACAGUAUUUAUUUUCUUAUAUUCUCGUUUUAAAUAACUGGAUGUAAUUGUAUGGUCGCUCUAUUCCGGGGAUGGAGUCUCGCAUGAUUUUGUUUACUUUAGUUAGUGACUCAUUCUAUCCAUAGAUCAGGAGGUGGCAGGCUUCAUUCCUAAAGGAUGAGUAGAUGCUUAGUUUGAGAAGGUCUCUCUUGUUUCACAGGUGUUGCUAUAAAAACAUCUGUAAAACAGGGAUAUCCUAAAAUGUGCAAUAAGACCUUUUGGCAUUCAGUGUAAUGCACGUUCUAUAGAACAUAAUGAGUCAUUUAAUCCGCUUUCUUCUGUGGUGUAAUCCGAUACUGCAUCUUCCCAGAAAUGUACUGGUGCUUAACAGCGCUAUUCCGAAAUUAGGAGGAAGCAUUGAUAUCACAACAAUAUGACAUUACUAAACCUAAUGUGAGCGGAUGCAUGCAAUAGGCUUCAGUCAGAAAUGAUAGUGGUCCUAUAUGGCAUGGGAUUUCAAGAAUGGCUAAACAAUGCUGUGCAGGAUAAUAAUUACUGUACACAGUUAUUCACUAAACUGUGAAAUGAGAGGAAUACAUGUAAAUUCAAUAUAGCUGAACUGUCCUACAAUUUUCCAUCAGUUCAGAUUGUUUUGCCCUUUUUUUUUUUUUCUUCAUUCAUGCUUACUGAAGAACGUGGCAGUAUUUGGCCCAAACUAUCAGUUCCGUAGUUUGCUCUAUAAGAAACCGAUGGUUUAGGCCAAAUGUAUUUUUUAUUUAUUUUUUAUUAAUUAUUUACUUUUUUAUUCUAUACUUAAUUUCUAUCCUUUAAAAUGCAAAAUAUUAUUUUGAACACAUAGUGGGGUACUAUAUUGAGCACUUUUGGAAUUCAGUUCUAAAACUGGAAAACUUAGAAAAUAUUAAGAGUUCUGUUGGUCUGUGAAUGCCAGAGGGAAGGUUAGCUUGUUUCUUUAUAUGUUUGUUUUGUGUGCUUAUAAAGAGUUAAAUGCCAGCAGCACUCUAAGCCUGGGCUUGCCUGCAACUAGCCUCAACUGUAGCCUUGUGUUUACUCACCCACUGUACAUAUAUUUAUUUCAGUUAACGUACAAUGCCUAUGGUGAAUUGAAAGCUGUUCUUGAAGUUUUUAUUGUACUUUUUGUAGUUUGUUUAAAUAAAAAAAUGGUUAAAUUUUUUUUAAAUUAGUACUAAGUGUUUUUUUUUUGUUUUUUUUUUGUUUUUUCUCCUCUAAGGUGUUUUUCUAGGUCUGAUCACCUGGCCCUUCACAUGAAGCGUCACCUCUGAAUGAGUCAAGGGGGAAGUCGUGAAUAAGAAACUUCAAGGUUGAAAUGCCUUGUGCGAGGGAUGCGUGUUCCAGCCAAAGCAUGCCAAUUUGCACCCUAACCAGAUGCCUUCUAGACCUCAUUUCUUAGAGCGUCUUCGUAGGGCUAAUCAAUCGUGUCAGAUGCGGCAUAGCAACCACCUAGUGCUACACCUGGAGUCUCCUCGACCCCGGCACUUGUGGUGCUUUAUCUUCUGAACGGCUUGUCUAAGCCUUCGCCGUGAGCAUGUGCACUGAGAAUGUUAAUGAUUGGGUGACUGAAUGGUGACGAGGAGCCAAUGUCUGUAUGUGGAGGAUUUUUAUUUUCUUAAGGUUGAGCUCAUAUGUGAGGGUUUGGAAAAUAAAAGUGGAAAAAUGGUUUGAAUGAUUUUUUUAUUUUUCUUUGUAUGCCAUGGCAUACUGUAUUUGGGACUCUACCAUCCAUCGUUUUCAUCUGGGUUCUACAGAAGGAGGAUGAGGAAUCCCCAAUGGAGAUGAUCCAUUUCCUGUACGAGAGGAGCUUUUGUUGUCUGGUGCAGCUAUUAACGUGCAAUGUGUCAAGUAGCCUGUUUUUUGUUUUGUUUUUUUGUUUUUUACAUGCUACAAUGAUCAUUUGUAACCCAUUGUAUAAGCUGUGUAUUUACAAAUAUAACAAAACUAUAACUUUUCAUUAUAAUAGAAAGAUAUUGCAUGGUUCAGGGGGAAAAAAAAUGACUUUUUUUUUUCAUUCAUACUUUAAAUCAGGACUGCAAGUUAUAAUUCCAGAUGAGAGCAGCUAAAUACAAUUGGUCUGGUGUUGUGUUACUAUGUAUGGAACCUAAAAUAUAAGUGGAGAAAACCACUAGAGCUUAAAUUUUAAUUUUUUUUUUUUUUUUUUUCUCAUGCAGCUAAUUUUCUAUUAUUUAUGCCUUGAGGACUAAUUUCUGGUUUUCUAGCUGUUAAUGCACUGUUGACCUUAAAAUGGUGCCUUAUGGAAGUGAUCUUUACAUAUUACAAGGUCUGAUACAGGGGUUUACGCUUUGUAAGCUUACUUAAGGCUCUGUUGUCACCCAGGAGUGUACAUUUUCCUUUUCCGAAGCUAAAAAGCAUAUGUACAUAUACAGUUAACCUUUGUAAAAUGUAGUAGCAUACAGAAUUGGCUGUAGCCUGACAAAGCAUUUAGUUUAAUUUGCUAUAUAUUGACUGUUGAUGUAGUAAUGCCCUGUUUUUGUUUUUUUUCCCACAACUUAUCUUUCUGCCCUCUUGCUUUAUAUUUUCUUUAAACUGAACUUGCACAAAUGUAUCCUGUAUCUGUACAUGCACUUAAAUAUGUAAAUGCUCACACAUUGGAGGUACAGAGUAAAUGUCUUGAAUUGAAGAGUACUUCAUUGCUUUCUAAACUUUUUAGAUUUAAAACAUCCACCAAAGCAAAAUUCAGAUGACCUGUUUUUUUUCUACUUGGAUAAGCUCGCUAGUGCCACACUAAUAUCGACAAACCGCGAGUUUUGAGUCAACACGAGUAUAAUAUUUAGACCAAAAUAAUUGACUUGGAAGCAGAAAAGUUAAAUUAGGAUUCAUUGGCCUAAACAUUGUAUUCUGUUUGUCCAAUUUAACCCCACACCGCUAAAAUAAAAAAAUAAUAAUAAAAAUAAAAAUCUUUGUGUGCACACAUACACACUUUAUAUAUCCCUGUCCCUCCUUUUCCACGAAAGACUAUAUAGUUUAAGUAUGUGCACUCAAUGGCUGAAAGCCGACGUCUAUGCUUUUUAGGACGACUUUAGAAAUUUGUUUGGGGUGUAAACCUUUGUAGUCUUAGGUCACUGAGUGUUAAAAGCUGUAAAAAGAAGUUGAAAUCUAUUUUUGUAAUAUUUUAUUUAAUGUUAAAGAGGUUUUCUUGUAAAUGUAGAAAAACUAAAAAAAAAAAAAACCUGCUAUUAUGAGCAGCAUUUACAUUUUUAUCUAGAAUUUUUUUUUCUUCUCACUGUAGAUAUUGAUUUAAAAAUAGAAUUAAAGCAUUGCGUUUCAUACUAGGUGACUUGCCACAAAGUAGCAGAAUACCUGGGCUGGUAUCUUCUGUAGAGUUAGAGAUAAUUUUAAUGAAUGUACCAAUAGCUUAAUUACUACCUGGAGGAAAAUGCCUGUGGCCCGAGCAGUGUAAAUUACUUUUCCAAGAUUCUUUGUCAAUUCAGUAUCAGAACAUCUUGGGGAACGGUCCUUAGAAUACAUACACAUACUUUUAUUUUUUUAAUUUUAGAGUACUUUUUUUUGUCCCUUUGCCAAAUUUGUUACUUGUUCAGUCACAUGGGGGAAAUGUCCCUUUAUAACCCGUGGUAACCAUGUAUGUAACUUAGAGCUUUUCCUGUUAAAUAAUUUGAAGGGAGCUUCAUAGAGAACAACUGUGGGGCCAUAUUCUAAAACUGGAGAAAUUGCCAUAGAAACCAAUGCAAUGUUCCUGCAGAUUAUUCUGCUUUAGAAAAAAUGCCCCAGAAUUGCAAUUCACAUGUAACCCCCACUGAUGGUAAUUCAGACUGGGAGACACCACAAACAUUAAAUUAGGGUCUCUUUAGAGAUUUGGGGUGCAUUGAGCUUCAUAACUCUUCAAGUCUGUGGUGCACAGUCUCAUAGUUGUUGAUACUCUAUUGCAGACUGAAUUACUUUAUGUAAAUGUCAGCACAAAGUUGAAGAGUAUAACUAAAGUCUAUAACUAAAUCUGUCACUCAUGUUGAAAUUGUAAUUGCUGUAAUAAACUUUGUUAACAAUGUAUCUUGCUUCAUCCUCUGGUUAUUUUGCAAGAAAAGCUCUCUGCUGCAUAUAUUUACGCUUUUGGGGGGGGGGGAAGGGGAAUAGCUAUGUAGUAAUAUUGUCUUAAAACCAAGUGACUUAGGGAUGAACUUUAUUGUUUUGUGGUUUCUUUUUAACUUACUAUGUAAGUAAAUCCUCAUUUUCUGGUUUUAAGACAAAACCAGUUAUACAGGUGCCACACUUUUUUUUUUUUUUUCCUUUCUGAUUUCAUAUACUUGUGUAGAUUUAAGAGAAAAAACUUUUACUUUUGUUUAGCAGAGCACUAUGCUAGGGUUUUCAGAUCUUCCUAUGUUAUGUUUUGGACUGCUCUGGGUUUAGCCAUAAUAGUCAGAAACUAGAUAAACAAACGCAUAAACGUGCACUGGCUUGUCUCGCUUGUGAAAUGCCAUCAGCAUUAUUUAAUUGAGGUGCGGCUGUGUGAACUUUGUUUCCCAGUGCCUGUAAUUUUCUUAAUGAUAGCAUACACUCUGUUCAGGUGAGAACUGAGCCUCAGUCAAGCAAAUGGAAAGAAAGGAAGAAAAAUAUAUAUAUUAAAAUUGCUUGAAAUUUGAAAGAAGAGAAAAUUUCUAUUAGUGAAAUUUUUUUUAUUUUUGUUUUGUUCAGAAACGCCCUGUUAUCUGAAGAAUCUUUGUAAGAUUUUUGUAAAAGUUUUGUUUUACAAGAUUUUAUUUGAAAUUUGUUUUUUGCAAAAUUGUUAUAUUUCU